AUGCCUUGGCAACAGGAAUCAGAAUUUACAAAGCAGGAUAAAGCUGCCAGAAUCAUUCAGCAGGCCUGGAAAAGUUUCCUUGAUGUCGCUGUAUUCCAACACUUUAAAAGCCUGAUUAAUUUAAGAAGACAAGGGGAGCCAUAUCAGAUAGUGAAAUAUAUUAAUCCUAAAGAGGCAGAGCUUCUAGAUGCUGCUGCUGGCAUUCAUGUGCGAUUCAGAUUAGGUGGAGUUAAAUUUCCACCUAAUAUAUACUAUAAAAUUUUUACUCAGAGACAUAUUGAAGAUCUGUGUGCUAACAGCCCUAGAGAUUACACCAAACUUCCAGCAAAGCAUGCAUCUCAUAAUAAAAGUGAUCAUCUUGAGGAAGAGGGUCGUAGUGGCUGGUAUCGUCGUAUAGAAAACAAUGGCUGGAGGCCUGUUUCUGAUAGAUUUUGGGUAUCUACUGACCAUGUAGAGGUGGAAGACAAAAAGGAAAUUGAAUUCCAUUUUUCAAAACUGAAGAGAAGGCAAGAUUUGGAUAAGAAAAGAAAAAUUAGAAAAAUAGAAUGGAUGAGGCAAAUGUACUACGCAGGAAGCCUGGAGGCUAAGUCAACACAUCAUGAAACUCUAGGUUUAAUUCACACGGCAACAAAAGGGCUAAUAAGAGCUAUUGAAGAUAGUGGGAUAGAUUCUGUUAUGGAGUGGGAAGUGGAUGAAGUGCUGAACUGGACAAAUACACUGAACUUUGAUGAGUAUAUUGCCAACUGGAAGGAAAUUGCUACAAGCAACUCUUCAGCUAACUACAAAGGUUUCAGGUUUAAGCAAGCACAGAAAAAUAUAAAUGACUAUGAAGAUACAUCAGACACACAAAUGGGAGUACCAGAUGAUACUUUCUAUGAAAAUGUUUAUCAAACACCAAAUUUUACUAGACUAACGCCAGAUUCCACUUUUGGAAUGUAA